AUGUCGUUUAAGUACACAUUUUUUUUAGUGUUUGAAUUAUUAGUUUUAUUGAAAAUUAACAUAAGUUUUUUUUUUUUGAAAAGUGAAAAAAUUAAUUUGCGUAUAAAUUCGUCAACAAAUAAUCAUUCUUUUUUUUUAAAAAAUGUAUCAGGAAGUAUAAAAAAGUCUUUAAAUAAAAAAGGGAAUACAAGUUUUUAUUUCAAAAAAAUUAGCGAUAAUGAUUUGAAGAUAAAUAAAAUAUUCGAUGAACUCAAAAAGAAAUGUUCAUGGAAAAGGAAUGCCAUUUUUUCUAGUUUAGAAAAAAAUGAUUUUAAUGAAGAAGUAGAUAGUAGUUAUUCGAAGAUAAAACAUAAGGAUGAUAAUAUAGACAAUUCAACAGAAGAAAAGGAAGAGAAAUCAGAAAUGGAAAAUAUGGAUAACAAUAUAAAGAAAAGUAUGAAAUUGAUUAAAGGAGAGUAUUAUGAUAUAGAAAUAUGUGAAAUAUUGUCAAAAAGCUUUUUAUCUUAUGCUAAUUUUUUAAUUCUUAAUAGAUGCUUAUGUGAUUAUCGUGAUGGUUUAAAAACAGUUCAAAGAAGAAUAAUUUGGAGUAUGUAUGAAAUAAAUAAGGGAAUAAAUAAAAGUAGUUAUAAAAAAUCUGCAAGAAUUGUUGGUGAAGUAAUAGGUAAGUAUCACCCACAUGGGGACAAGAGUGUAUAUGAUGCUUUAGUAAGGUUAGCUCAGAAACAUCAUAAUAAUAAUUUAUUAAUAAAAGGUUAUGGAAACUUCGGUUCAGUUGAAUAUAAUGCUGCUGCGAUGAGAUACACUGAAGCAAAAAUUUCUAAUUUUUGUUAUGAUAUAUUAUUAGAUGAAAUAAAUGAUGAAAAUAUUGAGUAUAUGAGAAAUUUCGAUGGAAAUGAAAAAGAACCAAAGGUGUUAUGUAGUAAAAUCCCUCUCUUAUUAAUAAAUGGUUGUUCAGGUAUUGCUGUCAGCAUAUUAAGUAAUAUUCCUUGUCAUAAUUUAAUUGAUGUUAUUAACUGUUCUAUUUAUUUUUUAAUGAAUCACAAUGUAACUAAUGAUGAACUAUUUAAUAUAAUAAAAGGACCAGACUUUCCAACUGGAGGUAUAAUUAUCAGCAAAAAGAAUGUCCUAAGAAAUAUUUAUAAUACUGGAAAAGGAAAUUUAGUAAUAAGAAGCAAUGUUUUUUAUGAAUAUACUAAGAAUAAUAAAGUGUACACAAAUCAUAUAAAUGAUUUAUCUUCGUUAGAUGCUUCCAAUUUUGAUAAAGGAAGCAAAAAACUAAUAAUAAAAAAUUUACCACCAAAUGUAAAACCUAAUGAGCUAAUUGAAAAUAUUAUUAAUUUAUUAAAUGAAAAAAAAAAUGAGCAUGAUAACAUAUUAUUAAAAAUACGGGAUGAAAGUGAAAAAGAGGAUAUGAGAAUUGUAUUAGAACUUAAAAAACAUAGUCAAGUUGAACAAAUUCAUAAUUUUCUAUUAUUUUUAUUUAGAUAUACACAAAUGGAAAUCAAUUAUCAUUGUAAUUUUGUGUGCAUUGGUUGUGAAAAUAGUUAUACACAAUUUUCUUUAAAAUCUUUUAUUCAGUUAUGGUGUGAAAACAGAAUAAAAUUUAUAAAAAAAAAUUAUCAAAUAAAGAAUAAUAAUUUACUAAGGGAACUAAACAUUAUAGAUUUGUAUCUUAUUAUACAAAAAAAAAUAGUUGAAAUAAUUACAUUUUUUCAGAGAAAACAAGAUAUAAAAGAAGUUAAAGAGUUUUUAAAAAAAAAUUUUAAACUUAAUGAAGAACAAAUUAAAUAUAUAUUAUCAAUGAAAAUACAAAAAUUAAUAAAUAUAAAAAAUGUAGAUUUUUUGAGUCAAAAAAAUAAUAUUCUUAAUCAAAUACGAUUAAAUGAAGAAUUAAUUAAUGAUGUUGAAAAAAUUAAAAGAGAAAUCAUACAAGAAUUAAUACACAUAAAAAAUAAAUAUGGAAUAAAUAAAAUAAAAAAUAUUAUUCCAGCAAAUAUUAAAUACAAAUAUACGUAUAUAAAUUAUGACAAAGAGAAAAGUUCUAAGAAUAUCAAUUUAAUAGAUAAUAAUAAUAAUAAAGAAAAAAUAAAACUUGAAAUAGAAAAAAAUAACAGUGAGGGUGUUGAUGAAGAUACAUAUAUGAAAAUAAAAAAUGAAUUGUUUGAAGAAGAAACAAAUGAUAAAAAUGUUAACAAUAAAAGUAUGAGGAGUGUGACAAUUAGCAAUAAAACACAAAAAAGUGGAAAUGACAGUGAUAUGUUUAUAAAAAAUAUGAAUAAAGAAAAUGAUAAGCUAAUGAGUGACGAAAAAGAAACAUUAAACAGUUUAAAGGAAAAUGAAAAUGAAAUGAAUAUAAAUGAUUUAAAUGAAAAUAUAAGAAAUGAAGAAACUUUAAAAAAAUUAAUGAGAGAUAAAGAAAUAAGUAUUAAUGAUGCAUCAAAUAAAAAAAUUAGCAUAAUGAAUAAUUGUAUCUCUAUAAAUAAAAUUAUAAAAAAUAAUAUAAUAUUAAAAAAAAAUGAAAAUUCAUUAAAAAAUAUAUCAAAUAUACAAUAUAGAAAUACUUAUAUAGAUUCAUUAGAUAGUAAUAUUAGUGAUAUUUGUAACAAUGAAGAAGUAAUAGUUUUAAUUACGUAUGGUGGUUACUUAAAAAAAAUAAAGAUAAAUGAAAAAUUGAAAAAUCAUAUAAAUAAUAUUAUAAAAUUAUCAAAUAUAAAAUAUAUUUUAAAAGAAAAUGAAGAAAAUCUGAAUGAAAAAAAAAGAUUUAAGUGUAAAGACGAGGAAUACGAAAAUGUAUCUAGCACAAAUAAUUCAACAAAUAUAAUGGAUGAUAAACAAAAUAAUAGUUAUAAAAUAAAGAAAAGUAUUAUUGUUAGAAAUAAUGACAAAAUAUUAUUAACGGAUAGCUUAAAUAAAGCAUAUAUUUUAAAAGUUUGUGAUAUACAUUUUUCUUCAUAUGAUUCUAAGGGUACUGCAAUUAAUCAAAUUAUCGAAUGUUCAAAAAAUAUAACAGGAUUAAUCAAAUUUGAUGAAAAUAAAAAAUAUUUAAUUGUAUGUAGUGAAAAUGGGAAAAUGAAAAUAAUAAAUAACGAUAUAUUUUUAAAAAAAAAAAAAACAGGGAUAAAACUUUUUAAAAAUAAAAGAAGUAUAUAUUUUAGCUAUUGUAACUUUAAUGACAAUUGUAUAGUAGGAACAAAAAAAGGAUAUAUCAUACAAUUUCCUUUGGAUAAUUUUAAAAUAUCAAAAAAGAAUUCUUUAGGUAAUAAAUGCAUAAAUCUAAGUAAAGGUGAUAAAGUAGUUGAUUUGUUAUCAUAUGAAAAAAAUGAAAAAAAUACGAAAAAUUAUAAAAUUGUACUUUUAUCAAAGAAUGGAUUUGGUAAAAUGAUUAAUUUAAGUGAACUAAAAAUACAAAAAAAAAAAGGGAAAGGUUAUAAAAUAAUGAAAUUAAAAAAAACAAGAAAUAAAAAAAAAAUGAAUAACUUAAUUUUGAAUGAUUCUAAGGAAGUACAAGAUGUAACUAUGUCAAAGAAUAAUGAAGAUGACGAUAUAAAUAAGUCAAUUAAUUUUAAUAAAAUAAAUGAAUUAAAUAAUAAGUAUGUAAGUGAAAAUGAAAAAGACACAAAUAAAAAUGAAGAUGAUACAAAUUCCAAUGAAAAUUAUGUAAUGAAAAACAAAAAAUGUAAUGACGAUAUAGAAGAUGAUGAAUUUUUAGGUUUCAAAUUAUACGAUAUAUCAAAGAAAAGAGAAAAUGAUUUACUUAUCAUGAUUACUGAUCAUGCUGUUCUUAUUAGAAGAAAUAUGUCUUUAUUAAAAAAAAAAAAUAGGAAACAUUCAUCUCAAAUUUAUGCUAAAUUAAGCAAAAUAAAUAAACUAGUAUAUUUUGAUAUUUAUUAG